AUGAAGAUCAUCCACUACGACGGCAUCUCUUAUGUCCAAGAAGAAGUAUUCACCACCUCCUACCCCCAGUAUCUCUUCCCCUUCUCUGGCAACUCUUACCAGCCAGAAGGGACAGACUAUGCAGCCGUUUUUAAAAAUUGUGCGCUAGUCAUUACUUCCGCUUCCGGUCACCACCGGAAGGUCUUAUUAGAGUUUGUCGGAAAGAUGUCUCCCACCAUGGCGGCAGCCGCGACAGGACCUGGUUCACCAGCAGAGUUACUCUUACAGAGGCUGGAGCAGGUGGCAGCUGACGGAGAAGCCGGACUCUGCAGCCUGGAAGCAGCAGCAGCGCUUGGCCUGGAACACCAAGUCUUGGUCGGGGCCGUGAAGAGUCUUCAGGCGCUAGGAGAGGUGAUCGAGGCUGAGCAACGUACAUCUAAAAAGUGGGAGUUGACACCUGAGGGCCAAGAAAUUAUUCACGAAGGGAGCCAUGAGGUCCGAGUAUUUCACAGCAUCCCCUCUGAGGGUCUGCUUCAAAGUGAACUCAUGAAGCUGCCAAGUGGAAAGGUGGGGUUCAGCAAAGCAAUGUCCAACAAAUGGAUCCGGCUAGAUAAGAGCUCAGAAAAUGGCCCUCAGAUAUUCCAGGCAGUGGAAUCUGUUCAGGACACCGUAAGGGAGAAGCUGCUCCAAGUUCAGAAGGGAGAGGCUAACUGUUUAGAGGAGAAAGAUAGAAAUGAACUGAAAAAACGAAAACUCCUAGCAGAAGUGACCAUAAAGACAUAUUGGGUUAAAAAAGGAAGUGCUUUUAGUACAACUAUUGCUAAACAAGAAACAGAUCUUACACCAGAGAUGAUCACGAGUGGUUCUUGGAGAGAUUUGAAAUUCAAGUCUUACAAUUUUGAAGCAUUGGGCAUUAUGCCUGAAAGCGGCCAUCUUCAUCCAUUGCUGAAGGUCCGCACUCAGUUUCGGCAGAUCUUCCUUGAAAUGGGUUUCACCGAAAUGCCCACCAAUAAUUUCAUUGAGAGCUCCUUCUGGAACUUUGAUGCCCUCUUUCAACCACAGCAGCAUCCAGCCCGAGAUCAGCAUGACACUUUCUUUAUGAAGGAUCCUGCUGAAGCAAUUGACUUUCCCAUGGAUUAUUUGAAGAAGGUAAAGAGGGUGCAUUCACAAGGAGGGUACGGUUCUCAAGGUUACAAAUAUGAAUGGAAACUGGAAGAGGCUCGGAAGAAUCUUCUUCGGACACACACCACAGCUGUCAGUGCCCGGAUGCUCUAUCAGCUGGCACAGCAGAAGAAGUUUACACCAAUCAAAUACUUCUCCAUUGAUCGUGUCUUCAGAAAUGAGACAUUGGAUGCUACACAUCUGGCAGAAUUCCAUCAGAUUGAGGGUGUGGUGGCUGAUUAUUGUUUGACACUAGGAGACCUUAUGGGUGUCCUGAAAGAAUUCUUCACCAAACUGGGAAUCACACAACUGCGCUUCAAGCCUGCUUACAAUCCUUACACAGAGCCCAGCAUGGAGGUUUUCAGCUACCAUCAAGGAUUAAAGAAAUGGGUGGAAGUGGGUAAUUCAGGAGUCUUCCGCCCAGAAAUGCUGCUGCCUAUGGGCUUGCCUGAUGGGGUGUCUGUCAUUGCCUGGGGGCUAUCUCUGGAACGACCCACCAUGAUCAAGUAUGGCAUCAAUAACAUCCGGGAAUUAGUUGGUCACAAAGUCAAUCUGCAGAUGGUAUAUGACAGCCCACUUUGCCGCUUGGAUGCCUAGGGCUUGGAAACCUGCUGCUCUCUUCAAAUCUCCUUAUUUAUUGCCACUGCUCUUUGCCAGUGAGGAGACUGAACCUGUACUCUACGCUGCUUGUUCCUGUAGGGAAAAUAAUAAGACCAUAGGGAAGGCAUGCAGUCUUUAUUUAGGAACAUCUUGGACCAAAAUUGAAUGGAUUCUCCUAGUCACAGUCUUAUUUAUGCACAUAUUAAAUAUGUCUCAACCUGAAA